CAAAUACAGAUGAAUUUACAUAUAUGGAUAAUGGAUCCACCGAAAAUUUGUAGAAAAGUAAGACCGUGAUCUGAUUUGAUAUCAUUCCGACAAAACCCCUAGAAUUCCACACUGCUAACCCAUUCAUUCAACGCCAAUUGAUCUGUAGCUUCUGUUCCGUUCAUAUUUAGAUUUACACUCAAAGCUGCAUUUCUCUUUCCAAGAGAAAAAGAAAAAAAGUGGGGUUUGAUUGUAUAGCUUUUUGUAAUGCCUAGUGCUUUUAGUGUAUAGUACUUUGUUUUUCUUGGGAACUGGUUGUGUUUCCUUGUCAUUACACUUUGAGAGAUUUGCAUAUCAAUAUUUUAGGUUGGGGUGUGCGGUCAUUUUGUUGCUGGAUCAGAAUAGUUGGGAAGGGAUUGGGUUCUGGUUUUGGAUUUUGGGAUUGUGUGGAGAAGUGGGACUGGUUUUUUCUUGAUGAAAUUAGCUGAUUCUCUGGGUUGGUAUAGCAAGGGGAUUGUGGGUUUGGGAUGAAUUGAGUGUAAAGAUUUGUCAUUUGAUUGGGAUUGUUGGUUUUCAGGGUGGGAUAAGAAUUGGGUAAGUUGAUGAGAAGGGGAGGGGAUGAGAGGUGGUGAAGUGGGGGGAUUGAGAGGACAACAAUGACUACUGGGUCAUCUGGUCUUCGUUCUUCAGGGAGUUAUGGUUCUUUGCAGCUUCACCAAUUCCAGAACGGUUCAUUGUCAAUCCAAACCUCGCCGCCUAUCCCGCCACGAAAGCCUCCUAAGAUGUUUAAGGAGAAGGAAGGGCUGUUCCAUUGGAUCUUCAAAUUUGCGCCUCGAAGGAAGAUUGGCAUGCUGCUCUUGUGUGCGGUUUCUGCUGCCGUUUUCGUUUGGGUCUUGUAUGUUGGCAAAGGUGAAGAUUCCCAAGUACUUGGAAUGCCUAGCAUCAACAUUAACGCUACAAUUAAAAAUAUAGACUUUUUUUCAGAACCUGAAGAAGAAAAUAAUAAUCGCCAAACCGGUUUGGCUGAACCGAGUAGUAUUGUAGGAAUUGCAUCCACUGCUCACCCUCCUCCUACUUCCCCUGUAUAUUUUACAGGAUACAAACUUCCUCCCGGGAAUCCUUGUGAGGGUUUCACGUUACCUCCACCACCAGCAGAUAAGAAGAGGACCGGACCACGGCCAUGUCCGGUCUGCUACCUUCCUGUUGAUGAAGCCAUUGCGUUAAUGCCAAGUGCACCGUCUUUUUCUCCUGUUAUUAAAAAUUUGACUUAUAUACACGAAGAAAAUUUAAACAAAAGUGAGUUUGGAGGUUCGGAGUUUGGUGGUUACCCUUCAUUGAGUCAGAGGGAAGAUUCUUAUGAUAUAAGAGAGUCGAUGAGUGUGCAUUGUGGAUUUGUCAAAGGAGCCAGACCUGGACAUGGGUCUGGUUUUGACAUUGAUGAUUCUGAUCUCGAUGAGAUGGCAACUUGUCAAGGCGUGGUGGUUGCAUCAGCAAUCUUUGGGGCCUUUGAUGUAAUACAUCAUCCGGCGAAUAUAAGUGAAUAUGCCAAAAGAAAUGUCUGCUUUUAUAUGUUUGUGGAUGGGGAAACCAAAACAUUUCUAAGAAAUUCAAGUGAUCCUGAUAGUAGUGCGAAAAUUGGAUUGUGGAGAAUUGUUGAAGUCCAUAACCUACCCUACAGUGAUUCAAGGCGCAAUGGAAAGGUUCCAAAGCUUCUACUUCAUCGCCUUUUCCCAAAUGCCCGCUAUUCUAUGUGGAUUGAUGGAAAGCUUGAACUGAUUGUGGAUCCAUAUCAAAUUCUUGAAAGGUUCUUGUGGAGAAAAAACGCCAGCUUUGCCAUUUCAAGGCACUAUAGGCGUUUUGACGUGUUUGUUGAAGCGGAAGCCAAUAAGGCUGCGGGGAAGUUUGAUAACGCUUCCAUUGAUUUCCAGAUUGAGUUUUAUAAAAAAGAGGGCCUUACUCCAUUUUCUGCAGCUAAAUUCCCGAUUACAAGUGAUGUUCCCGAGGGAUGUGUGAUUGUUCGGGAGCACAUUCCAAUUGCUAAUCUCUUCACCUGCCUUUGGUUCAAUGAAGUAGACCGUUUCACUCCUAGAGACCAGAUUAGUUUCUCGACCGUAAGGGACAAGAUCAGGUCAAAGACGAAUUGGACUGUACACAUGUUCCUGGAUUGUGAACGACGCAACUUUGUGCUUCAGGGUUACCAUCGAGAUGUCCUCGAGCGUAGGUCUCCCCCGCCUCCAUCUGUUGCCCUUCCUCCACCCCUUAUUCUCGACGGAACCCUCAAGGCUACCGGCAAUAGUCCGGUUAGAAAGGGUCCACAAAAGCGCGGGAGAGAGAGAAGGUCGAGGCGUCAUCGGAAGGCGUUGCCCGAUGUAAGGAUGUUAGCUUAAGAGUUAAGAGUGGAGAAAAUUUUGGUGAAGCAAAAAGAGUUCAUAUUCUUUACUUCCAUGUGUUCAAGAGGGAUGUAUGCAGAGCUAGGAAUUGUGAGAUAUGAGUGUUGUUUUUCCACAUGGGGCAGCUAUCAAUUUUCUUGUUAGUUUUAGAAAAUUAAAAUUGAUUUAUUUAUUUUUGGUGUAUAUAUCUGAGAUUUAAUAAUUUUGUCUCAUAGGUGGUGGGUGGGGCCUUGGUUCUUUUUGAUCUUGAGAUGUUAUAGCAAUGUUGUACUACAUUGGACCAUUCAAAUGUUAGUUCAUGCAGUUUAGAUUUCAAGAAAUGUUGGAACAAAUACCCAUGACAAUAUUUAC